AUGGUACCCAACAUGCAUUUCGCAGACAAAAUGUCGUUCGCCAUAUUGUAAGACAUUCCUAUUGGGUCAACCUUUAUCCGAUGCAAUCAAGGUUGACGCAAAGUGCUAGAAUGAACAGUCAAUGCCUGUUUCAAGUAUGAACGAAGUUUCUUGGAACGACAGCCAAGGGAUGUUGACAAAUUCACGAGAAAUGGCGGGGAUAAGACAAAACCAAGGACCAGGUAGUCGAUCGCAGGACGAUGCCAUGGUUGGCUACUUUUUCCAGAGACCUCAAUCGGAUACGGAACUUAUGGGUGGAUACAAUAAUAAGCGAUGGGCAGUUGGGGACGACAGUGUCAUAGAACAGUCGAGAGGCAUGCAGGUUCAAGAUUUAGAAAGAGACUUCCAUGGAUUGACACUCUCUCGCGAGAUCAAUCCUUCAAAGAAGAUAUGGGAGGUUGGCGAGGAAGGGCACAAGGGAGGGGACGGAGGCAAGAGUGGCAUCUUCACAGGACACCACCCCUGGACAACGCGCGACGACACAUGGAGUGGGCCAGAAACCAGUGCUCUUGGUGUGAAUAUGGUUGAGUAUGUGCUCGGUGGCUCUCCUACUGGGAAGGAUAUGGAAGGAAGAAUGAGGAUGAAAGGGACUUUUGUAAGUCGUUAUCAGAAUACACCUGUAGCAGCCCAGGAUCCAAGUAUAGUGGAAGCAUCUACUGAAAAGAAGAGCAAGACGCCAUCACCAUUUGAGGACGACGGCGGUGACCGCGGAGAAGAGAAUAAAGACUUGCAGCAAAACGGAAUCCUGCAGAAUGGACUGGAUGAUGGUCAAGGGUUCAGAGGAGGGAGCAGACAAACCUCCCCAACUGGUGAUGAAGGCAAGGUCCCUCCCACACAGCUUCAGCUGGACCCCAGUAAGAUGCAGCUGAAGCCAGAUGGGGACUUCCUGGACCAGCAGCCCUCACUUGUUGUGCAUCAGCAAGGAUUUCAGCUGGACACUCCCCAGUUUGAACCUGUUGGCAUUGAUCCUGGGCAGUUUGACUACAGCAGUCAACUCAUGCCCUCCAUGGAUAGUCCAAAUUUCAACAUGGAUUACAACCAGCUUCUGCAGCGUCAGCAACAGCAGCAGCAGCCCAUAGCUGUACUGACUCAACAGCAGUACGCAUUAGCAACACAACAACAGCAACUGGGCUUGGCCCCUACUGCAAUUGCUCCACCCCCCUACGUUCUGAGCGCGCAGGAUCCGUAUACUGUGGGGAUCCCAAUUGCAGGCCCCACAGUAAUUCACCCUCAGUAUUAUGGGGUACAAACGCCAUGGGGUAUAUACCCUGCCAACCUCAUACAGCAGCCCCAAGGGCAGCAGACCCCUCAGGGCAUGCAGCAACAACAGACACAGAUGAUGCCACGACAGAGUAAUGGGAGGCCGCUCACGCCGUCCCAGCAGAAUGAUGGCAUGGGAACACCUCAGACACUACAAGCACAACCACUCCAGGCUCCAAAUGCUGGCUACCAGAUACUUGCACCUGCUUAUUAUGAUCAAAAUGGACAGUUAGUGAUGGGUAACCCUCGUGGCAUUGGCACGCCAGUUCGCCUCGUUUCUCCAGCUCCGGUUCUUGUCAGUGCUAAUGCCAAUCAACAAGGCGGGAACAGUUCCAUGGGCAACAACACGCUGCGUCUUUUAACAACACAGCCUCAGCAAGUUCAGACCCCGCCAGUCGUCUUGUCUAGUAGCAACAGCAACUCCCAGCAACAGAGUAGCUCUUUAGGUACGUGUCCGGAAUCGUUCGAUGUGAAGCGGCAACAGCUUCCUGUUGGUGGCUAUUACAGCCAACUAAGUGGGAUGGCCUCUCCGGCUGGCCCUGGGGGUCUCAUGCAGCCGGGGCAGUCCAUGACGCCGCCCCCAUCACUCUCUGGAUCAACCUCGAAUCUCACACUAGGAUCGUGGGAUAAUUGUGGUCUAGGUGGUAGUGGACGUCCCUACUCAGCUGCCCCAGGAGCCGAAGCAAAGUACCGAGCUGGACUUAUCUCCCCAGCCAAUGGUCUGUUUGGAAACUCCACUUUGUUCCAGAAUCGUAAUUUUGCAUCUCGAAGUGCUAGUUUGUCGAAGGAGGUGACAGGACGUAGCCGUCUGCUUGAGGACUUCCGUAACAACCGUAUUCCAAAUCUCCAGCUGAAGGACCUUGUCAAUCACGUGGUUGAGUUCUCCCAGGACCAACAUGGUUCAAGAUUCAUUCAACAGAAGCUUGAGCGUGCAACUCAUCAAGAGAAGGCCAUGGUGUUCGGGGAGAUUCUCACAGCAGCAUACAGUCUCAUGACGGAUGUCUUUGGAAAUUACGUCAUCCAAAAAUUCUUCGAGUUUGGAUCCUCAGAUCAGAAGCAGACCCUAGCUCAGCGAGUACGAGGCCAUGUAUUGCCACUAGCUUUACAGAUGUACGGCUGUCGAGUUAUCCAGAAAGCAUUGGAAUCCAUACCAGCAGACAUGCAGGUUGAGAUCGUGAAAGAACUGGAUGGACAUGUGUUGAAGUGUGUGAAAGAUCAAAAUGGCAAUCAUGUAGUGCAAAAGUGUAUAGAGUGUGUAGACCCCAAACAUCUCCAGUUCAUCAUUGAUGCCUUCAAAGGCCAGGUUUUCACACUGUCAACUCACCCCUAUGGCUGCCGAGUUAUCCAGCGAAUCCUUGAACAUUGCAUGCCUGAACAAACAAUGCCAAUCCUUGAAGAGCUGCAUGAACACACAGAGCGCCUUGUGCAAGACCAGUAUGGCAACUACGUCAUUCAACAUGUGCUGGAACAUGGGCGUCCUGAGGAUAAAAGCAAGAUUGUAACCAUGAUCAGAGGCAAAGUAUUGCUUCUCAGUCAGCACAAGUUUGCCAGUAAUGUUGUAGAGAAAUGUGUGUCCCAUUCAUCCCGGCAAGAGAAGGCGUUUCUCAUUGAAGAGGUCUGCUCCAUUAAUGAUGGCGCACUAUAUACGAUGAUGAAGGAUCAGUUUGCGAACUAUGUUGUGCAGAAGAUGAUCGAUGUGGCAGAACCACCGCAGCGCAAGAUACUCAUGCACAAGAUCCGUCCCCACAUUGGUACCUUGCGGAAAUACACGUAUGGCAAGCAUAUCCUUGCCAAACUAGAAAAGUUCUUCCUGAAAAACAACUCUGACUUGGGACCCAUUGGAAUGCCCCCAAAUGGAGCACUUCCGUGAAGAGCAUUAAUUUUUGUGUCUGAAGGGUAAAAUAGAUCAUACUACUGGGAUCCAGAGACGAAUCCUGUGUUUUCACCCAUGGAAUAGUUCUGUAUUGGGUAUUUCUGCAAAGAUAGAAAUAAGAUUGCUGUUGAAUAACAAAGCCCCCCGUUUUGUCUGUUUCCCAGUGUAUACUAAUGUUACUCUUCUGACUUGUCUUUUUUGGAAAUCCGUUUCUCGGAAAUGAGAUUCGGUAGAAUAUUCUAUUUUUGCUUUCACCUUUCUCUACUUUGUUUUUGCAUUAAUUUUGCUAACUAAAUUUGUGGAGCGAGAAUCAAAUGACCAGUUAGCCUGAAGAAGGAGAUGCUCGCUCACAAGCCAGGUUUUACAAUAGUAGUUUGUACUAAUGUGGUAUUUUACUUGUUUACACAGUUUGGGAGGUCUAGUUAGGGGUUUUCUCAUUGCUUUUUUCUUAACCAUCCAUAGGUAGAUUUUGUGACAGUAUCUAUAUAAUCCAUUAUAUUCUUGUUGUCGCUUGUGUGACUAGUGCCUUUGUGGGUUUGUUGAUUGGGCAGAGGAUAGUACUUGCAUGUCUGGCUCAAACUGUAGUAAGCAGAGUUGCAGGUUCCAGCAUUGUUAGGAAUCACUUUGAUCGAGUAAGAGUUGAAAUCGACUAUUAAGGGCAGAAUUUACAGUUUAAAUUGUUUGAAUUAAAUUAAUCGAUAUUCAAGGUGGAGGUAGUCAGUCCCUAUUUUGAGAGUGGUGCUUUGACCGAUAAUCAUGUAUCACUAUGGUAACUUUUGGUUCCUUACCUCUGUAUGGUAUUAAGUCCAUUGAUGCGAGGGCCCGUUCGGAACCUUGGACCCGCCCAGGAGGUUACUGCACCUGCAAUUCUUUAUUAAUGUUGUUGUGAAUGUUGUACAUUUUUCAGUGAUUAUUCCCCCACCCCCCCUCCCCCACUCCCAAAGAAGAUAGUCAAUGGGCCAAACUGAGUAGGAAGAGGGAGAAUUGAGCCAGUUCACAUUUGCUGACCUUGCAGUUACACAGGAUAUUGCUAAAGUUAUUUCUUAAACUGUCCUUGUAGAAGUAUAUACAUGAAGUUAGCAGUUCCUAUUUGAGAAUUCUAGAGUAAGUGUUUCUAGCUAUGUUCUCUCCUUAUGCACAAGUUGUUCGUAAUUACUUACAAAGCGACAUUUUGUUGGCUUCCAAUCCGUAUACUCGCUUGUUUAAAGGGUAAGGUCAAAAGCUCAUCUGCACUUGAUUCUGCAGAAUAGAUAGGUGAAAAUCUCCAUAGUAAAUUUGUACAUUCAUACCCUCUUCAACCAAAGAUCUUGAUUUAUUGAGAAAUUGACGGACUACUUAAGACCUUUAGUUCCUCUGCUAAUAUGUAUAUAGAAAAGAUACAAUAACAGGGUAGCUGGAACAAGGCAGGUAAUAAACUGAAUCAACUCGGUGAUCAGUCAAACUAAAACUUGUGUGCAGCUGCCAUAGUGUCUGUUGGUAUGUUAUCCAUACUCCAAGCAAGGGAAUCUUCCCAAGUACUAAUCUAGUUCAAAGACAUUCAUGUUUCAGGUGGUGCAAUGCCAUUUCCCUUUUCAUAAAUCAGCAUGCACUGAAAUUCCUAUGUUCAGUUACCUCCCUUGUGUAGAUCAAACGUAAGCAUGUACUUGGAAUUCAGGAAUAAUAAUUGACACUCAAAUUUAUAAAGAUUUCAUGAAUGGAACGAAAUGUCAUUGUGUGGUUGACUGAAGCAUGGAGUAUGGAUUCUCUACCUACAUAGUUGCACGAAUGAUCUUGAUUUAGACUUGACAAAUGCUGUUAGUAAUAUUGUGUGGAUGUGUCAGAAUUGGACAUGUCUUCAUUCAUAUCAUUAGUUUCUCAGAGCCAGUGAAAAGAGAUAUUACAGAUCACUGAAUAUUCUUCUUAUAACUGACAAAUAAUUCUCUAUUUCUGUCUGUCUGUCUGGGAAAUUUUCAUGCCAAAGUAUGCCACAUCCAUCCAUUACCGACAACUGGAAUCAAAAAGCAUGUUGUGUUAGAAUCAAAUAAUGACUACAGGCAACUGUUCUGUAUUGUGUAUCUAUUGAAAAACGGAUUCAUUGUAUAUAACAUUGUCAAACGACUUGAAAAUCAUUUGUACAAUUUAGCAUUUUCUCCAAAAGAUCUGGUUUGUAAAAAAAAUCUUUGAAUGUUGUCUCCGAAAAUCUGAUUUUCAUGAGUUUAACAGAAGACUGUAAUAUAUAUUUAGAUGUGUAAAACUAUAGUGUUCAAACCAUAACAUUGUACAAUAGUGUUUACAUUCUGAUGAUGUAUGUUAAGGUGAGAUCAUUAACAUCUCCAACAUAAACUUGUACAAAUCUCACAAUUUCCAUUUCAAACAUGCGAUCUGUCUCGCUGUGUAAAUGUUUACAUAUAAAAAACUUAACAUAAAAUGUAAAGAAAUAGGAAUUUUGACAAUGUACUUCAUUUUCUGCAUCAACUUGUUUUCACAUCAAUAUUUUGUUUGUCAAUCAACUAGUGAUAUUUUUAAAUAUCAAAGUAUUUAGGAUUGAAGUGGAAAAGUGAUGAAAUUAGUGCGGCAAGUUUUUACAGGGCCAAGAAAUUGUACAAAAAUUGGUUCUCAGGCAGUGGUUAUUUUAGUACUGGGUUCCAGUUACCCACCCAUGUGAAAAAUGAAUUGUCCUGCAACCAGCAAUUUAGAUAUUGUAUUUAGGAUAUGUAAGCUUGUACCCACUGCCUGAGCACCAAUCAUAUACAUUUAUUUUAGUAAGUCCUGUCAGUUCAAGUUGUUAAGGUACAGUACAGUUCUUGUACAAAACUACUAGAGCUGUGACGAUAUAUAUCGUAGUAUCGAUAAUCGUGAUACUUUAACUGAUGAUAAAUAUAUCGAUACGUUUUUUCGAAUCGUGAUACGUAUUGUUGACCUUAAAAUUGUUAAUUUUCACUAGAUAUCGAUGGUUAUGUCAAAAUUUCUUGCUAUUAAGAUAUGAUUAUUUAAAGAAAAUAACUAAAGAAAGCAUAUCAUGUGAUAUGGCAACGAAUAGAAUCGUAUCGUUUCAAGAUAUCGCAAUAUGUAUCGUGAAUUUUCUGUAUCGUCACACCUCUAAAAACUACUGAUUCAGUGGAUUGACACAAAUAGAUAACUUCCUGUUGAUUCAACUGGACAGUCAUCCUGCCUAGAACCCAUCUCUCAUAACCAAGUCCUGAAGGCAGUAGCACUGUUUUUGUGCAUUUUGGCAAUCAAGUGUCAUUGUGGACAAAGAAACAAAUUUCAACGGAGAUGAAUUCUUUUUGGACUUGCAUAUAUUAAACCAACUUGUUCAUCACUGCCUAUGCAACUGCUUGUACAGCUGUCACCAGAAACUAAAUAAGGUUGUACCAACCAACCUUUAAGGUGUAAAGUGUAAAUAGAGACAGAACAAUGUAUAGAAGGAUUUGUAUAAAAUCAUGGUGGCCAAUUCAUUGUAUGUAAAUUUCUCCCAUCUAACCUGCGUGUAUGCCACACACACUCUCCUUGUAAGCUACCCACCUUUUUGUAAAGAGAGAUUCAAGUAUUUUGUAAUGGUUAUGUUCAUAAAAUCACUUUUGUAACAUUAUGUGCAUAGGAAUUCAAUGGCCUUAAUUUUCUAUCAGCUUGUACAAAUGUAAAGAAGCCGGUGUAACCGCAGUGUAAAGAUACAAACUAUACUGGUGCUAUAUAUAGAGGAUAAGAUUAAAACCUAUUAGAUUUGAAACAUCAAAUAAUCUUGUACAGAGGGACUCGUCUGAACGAGGAAAGUAUCACUAUGUAAAUUUGAAGCUCCACCAUCCUUUGUGAAUAUGGCACAUUUCUCAAUGAAACUCUGAUAGUCCAUCCUGAUAAACCGCUAGACUAGACCUGCCGACUUUCAUUCAAAUCUCACUGCAGGGGAGAUAACUGCUCUCUACUCUUCUUUUUGUGUUGCAUAUGUCAAAAGCUGCACAAAUUGUUACACACUGGAAUAGUUCAGGGUCUUGAUUAACAACAUUCCAAUGUAUGCUAUUUAAUAUCCUGUGCCUAUACUUGAAAGAUUCUGUCUACUUGGCAAGCUCACAGCAUGGUUAGAAUCCCUUGCAGUGGUAUUGGGUAAAGUCGGUGAACUGGUCAAUGUUGGUAAUCAGGUUUUGCCCUUGAAAGGUGUAUGACUGACUGUUGCUACUACCCAGUGCCCCAGGAUUGUGGGACAGGAGGCAUAGGUGUAUAUUAUUAUGUUGCAUUUAAUAACGUUGUCUGUGUUUAAUCAUAUAUCCUAUUGUAAUAUUUCAUAUAUUUUUCCCAUUUUUUGCACUCAUCUGUAGUUAGUAUUGUAAUAUUUUUGUGAAAUUUGUCAAUAGUCGGCCAAAUGAAAUAAACAGCAGCAGGUGUACAUUAUUACUCUCUCGUGUAGAUUGACAUGUGUACAAAUGUACAUUUUGUAAAUCGGAUUUGCUAUCUGACAGUUUUAUAUAUUAAUAUGUACAGAGAUCACUUUCGUUAUUAAAACCCAGGAAACAUUUCCCAUCAUUUGUACAAAAGUCACUAACUUUCACCAAUGAAUUUGAGUAUUUUCAAAUUUUAUUCUAGUUGUGCUAAGUUUGCACUAAAAUUGGGACCUGUUAUUUUCAGCUGUUCAAACCAUUGGUUACAUUGAAUACAUUUCUCAGUAUUUUGUGUAUGUUGUUUUCUUAUCAUAGACAGAAUGUCUUGCGAGGUAGCAUUUUUGGUUGUAACAUAUCUUCAAAGAUUGCAUUUCUUUUUCUACUCUUUAUUUUUUUUAUAAGCUCUUGAGAAAAGGGCUUUUUGCACUGGAGUCUCAGUGGUAUGGUUUCACAUUUUUCAUCUGGGAAAUAUUUAUCUAGUCACUGUGGAACUAAAUGGAAGAAAUACCUGGCUUAUUCUUUUCUCAAUAAAAUUAAUUAGAAUUGUAUUUCCUAACUUGUCCUGACUUGUUUAAGUCAAGAGAAAUUCUAUUACCUAUGGCUUGACGCUUGUGUGAAAUAUAUAUAUAUAUAUAUUUUUUAACCUCAAUUUGAUUUGAAGUGGUCUGAUAUUGUCCUAAAGGCACUUGACAGUUAAUUUCUGACACAUUUAAUCAAGGAUUUAACAUUUUACCUUCUUACAUAUUUAAUAUGUCCAUGCUUUGAUGUUUUAUUUUUCAACAGCACAGGGCCCAAAUUGAUAUGCUGUAGAGGUGUUGGAUAGACUUGAUGUAGCAUGCCGAAAUGUUUUCUAUAACAUUUAUUUUUUUCAACUCCCUGGGGUAAUGCCAUUUGUCUCAACCCCUUACCAUGAAUGAUUCUUCCAACAAAGCAGGGGUAUUUGGUAAGAUAGUGCUAUGUGUUUAUCUAGAUAUUCUAUUUGCCUUGAAUUUUCCCCUUUGACUAGGUAUGUGUUUGCCAUUAUUCAUAUAUCAUUGUGUGCAUGUAUGUUUUGUAGAUUGGAACAGAAAGAUAAAUCAUACUUGUAUAUUGUUCAAUGUGUAUUGUAAUGUAAUUUAGCUUCUGUAUAUUUGUCUGAUACAAAUCAUGUAUAUUUAUCAGGUUUUUAUUCCCUAUUUAACAGUAACUGCUGUUUUUCUUGUAAAAAUGUAUGAAUCGUUUUGGGGGAGUUCACAUCUACAUUGUGAGAGUCAAGGGCCGAACCAGCUGUAAAGAGUCUAUUUCAUCCAUUGCAUCAUGUAGUCUUGCCAAACUCUACAACCCCACUGGUAGCUUUGGUAAAUGUACAUGCUGUAUAAAGAUUGUACAAGUGUAAGAAGCCGUGUUUUGCUAUAGACAAUAAAGUUAUCAUAUGAUUGUGAA